AUGACCGAGAAACCACCCAUCUCCCAGGCACCCAUGCCUGCCCCUCCGGCUGCACGCCGUGCACCGCCGCCCCUACCACGUGCGGCCGGCGUCGAUCCCCUCUCCGACAAAGCGACCAUCCUGCUCAUCCGACGAACGCUCUGUCCAAAAGACGGGGCAUCAUCAACAACGGCAACCCAAGGUCUAGGCGGCGCGAGCGGCGGAGGCGGCGAUGCUACACCCAUCGAGGAUCUCCUGCCACCCCUCACGAGCCGCAACGACGUCGAUCUGCAGCUGUACGCGCUGCUGGCCGUCAUUGUGCGCGAGUUUGUCCUGGCGUGGUACAGCAAGAUCACGCCCGACGACGACCAGUUCGUGACAGAGCUUGUGCAGAUCGUGGCACACUGCACGCGCGCCCUGGAACAGCGGCUGCGCAAGAUAGACCUAGAGAGCCUGCUGUUUGACGAGCUGCCGGCGCUGCUGGGCAACCAUGUGCGCGCGUACCGUGCCUCGCGGCGACCGCCCGUGCAGCCGCCCGUCGAGACGGAUCCGCGGGCCGUGUACCAUGCGCUGUGGCCACUGCCGGCUCUGUCCCCGGUGCCGCCGCCGCCGCCGCCAGGGGCGUCAUACGUCCAUCCUGCCGCAACGUCCGGGGUCAAGAUCCAACUCGGCGAGGCGGAUCUCCACCACCGGGAGCCGGAGGACGACAGCAUCGCCCUCGAGCAGGCCACCAACGAGGCAGCAUACCGCCAGCUGCUGGUCCGCGGCCUGCUGGCCGUGCUCCUUCCGACUGAGGAUCUCGAGAACGAGUGCUUGACCUCGCUCGUCACCCAGAUCUUUGCCGAGCUGAUUGUGGGCAACGUGCUGGCGCGGCGCGUGGCCGAGCCGUGGAUGAUGUAUGAGAUUGUCGGCUUGGUGGCCCGGAUUGUGCGCGAGAAGAUGGACGGCGACGACAACGACCCGAAACGGCUCGCCAAAAAGCGGCGGGCGGCCGCCAAGCUGCAGAAGCAAACACACUCGUCGUCGUCAUCGUCAUCGUCAUCGUCAUCGACAUCGACAUCGACAUCGACAUCGACAUCGACAUCGUCCGGCAACUGGUUCACGACGACGGCCGCGCCGGUCUUUUGGUCCGUCCUCAAGAUCGGCAUGGCGCUGUUUGCAUCACUGCGUUUCCUCCUGACAAGCAUCACGCUAUCGCGCUCGCUGCCCAUGCGCGGCAUUGUCGUGGCAAAAGUCAAAGAGUCCGUGGCAGAGAGCAGCGGCAAAGACGGCUUCCUCGACGUCAAGGUCGCGCCGUCGUCCGCGUCCAUCUACUCGGUCGCCACGUCCGUCGCCGGGACCGACGAGCCCGUCGUGCCUGUGCUGGCCUUUAGUCUCUGGACCACCAUCUCCAACAUUGUGCAGCUCGAUGUGCGCAUGCCCUGGCUCUACGGCGGGCUGUCCAUGCUGCAGUGGCUGGCCAUGGCUGGACCAGGACGCAUUGCCGCCCUCAACGGCCCUCUUGACCGGUAA